AUGGGGCUGCCACUAGCUCGCCUGGUGGCUGUGUGCCUAGUCCUGGCCUUAGCCAAGGGCUUGGAACUUCAGAAAGAAGCCAGAUCCCGAAACCACGUCUGCAGCACCUGGGGUGAUUUCCACUACAAAACUUUUGACGGCGAUGUCUACCGAUUCCCCGGCCUCUGUGAUUACAACUUUGCGUCUGACUGCCGAGACUCCUACAAGGAAUUUGCUGUGCACCUGAAGCGGGGCUUGGGCAAGGCUGGGGGUCACUCCCAGAUAGAGUCUGUCCUGAUCACCAUCAAGGAUGACACCAUCUACCUCACCCACAAGCUGGCAGUGGUGAACGGGGCCAUGGUCAGCACCCCACACUACAGCUCUGGGCUGCUCAUUGAGAAGAACGAUGCCUACACCAAGGUCUACUCCCGGGCCGGCCUCUCCCUCAUGUGGAACCGGGAAGAUGCACUCAUGGUGGAGCUGGACAGCAGGUUCCAGAACCACACCUGUGGUCUCUGCGGGGACUUCAAUGGCAUGCAGACUAAUUACGAAUUCCUCUCUGACGAAGGCAUACACUUCAGUGCCAUUGAGUUUGGGAACAUGCAGAAGAUCAACAAGCCUGAGGUUCAAUGUGAGGACCCUGAGGCGGUACAAGAGCCGGAGUCCUGCUCUGAACACCGAGCCGAGUGCGAGAGGCUGCUGACCUCCGCAGCCUUCGAGGACUGCCAGGCCCGCGUGCCCGUGGAGUUGUACGUGCGCGCCUGCAUGCACGACCGCUGCCAGUGUCCGAAGGAUGGCGCCUGCGAGUGCAGCACCCUGGCUGAGUUCUCUCGCCAGUGCUCUCACGCAGGAGGCCGGCCUGAGAACUGGAGGACCGCCUCACUCUGCCCCAAGAAAUGCCCCAAUAACAUGGUGUACCUGGAGAGCAGCUCACCCUGCGUCGACACAUGCUCACAUCUGGAGGUCAGCAGUUUGUGUGAGGAACACUACAUGGAUGGCUGCUUCUGCCCAGAAGGCACUGUGUAUGAUGACAUCACGGGCAGUGGUUGCAUCCCUGUGAGCCAGUGUCACUGCAAGCUGCACGGACACCUCUAUAGGCCAGGCCAGGAGUUUACCAACGACUGUGAGCAGUGUGUCUGCAAUGCCGGUCGCUGGGUGUGUAAAGACCUGCCUUGCCCUGAGACCUGUGCCCUGGAAGGUGGCUCCCACAUCACCACCUUUGAUGGGAAAAAGUUUACCUUUCAUGGGGACUGCUACUAUGUCCUGACCAAGAGUGAACACAAUGAGUCCUAUGCCCUCCUGGGUGAGCUGGCCUCCUGCGGCUCUACAGACAAGCAGACCUGCCUGAAGACUGUCGUGCUGUUGACUGACAACAAGAAGAACGUGGUGGCCUUCAAAUCAGGCGGCAGUGUGUUGCUCAAUGAGAUGGAGGUGACCCUACCUCAUGUGUCAGCGAGCUUCUCCAUCUUCAAACCCUCCUCCUACCACAUUGUUGUGAACACAAAGUUCGGGCUGCGGCUGCAGAUCCAGUUGGCUCCAGUCAUGCAGCUUUUUGUGACUCUGGACCAGGCUGCCCAGGGACAAGUGCAGGGUCUCUGUGGAAACUUCAAUGGCCUAGAGAGUGAUGACUUCAUGACAUCUGGUGGGAUGGUGGAGGCCACCGGUGCUGGCUUCGCCAAUACCUGGAAGGCCCAAUCAAGCUGCCAUGACAAGCUGGACUGGCUAGAUGACCCCUGUUCCCUUAACAUUGAGAGUGCCAACUACGCUGAGCACUGGUGUUCCCUCCUGAAGAGGUCGGAGACGCCCUUUGCCAGAUGCCACCUGGCUGUGGAUCCCACUGAGUACUACAAGAGGUGCAAAUAUGACACGUGCAACUGUCAGAACAACGAGGACUGCAUGUGCGCGGCUCUUUCCUCCUACGCCCGUGCCUGUGCAGCCAAGGGUGUCAUGCUGUGGGGCUGGCGGGAGCGUGUCUGCAACAAGGAUGUGCACGCUUGCCCAAGCUCACAGAUCUUCAUGUACAACCUGACCACUUGCCAGCAGACCUGCCGCUCACUCUCAGAAGGCGACAGCCACUGCCUCAAGGGAUUUGCACCUGUGGAAGGCUGUGGCUGCCCUGACCAUACCUUCAUGGAUGAGAAAGGCCGCUGUGUGCCCUUGGCUAAGUGUUCCUGCUACCACCACGGUCUCUACCUAGAGGCAGGAGAUGUGAUUCUGAGGCAGGAGGAGCGUUGCACUUGCCGGAACGGGAGGCUGCAAUGUACCCAGGUCAAACUGAUUGGCCACACCUGUCAACCCCCCAAAAUCCUUGUGGAUUGCAACAACUUAACUGCUCUGGCCGUCCGGAAACCCCGUCCCACUAGCUGCCAGACACUGGUGGCUGGCUAUUACCAUACAGAGUGUAUCAGUGGCUGUGUGUGUCCCGAUGGAAAGCUGGAUGAUGGCCGUGGUCAAUGUGUGGAGGAGGACGAGUGUCCUUGCAUCCACAACAAACAGCUAUACUCUUCUGGGGAAAAGAUCAAACUGGACUGUAACAACACAUGUACUUGCCAGAAGGGACGCUGGGAGUGCACCCGGUAUGCAUGCCACAGCACCUGCUCUAUCUAUGGGAGUGGCCACUACAUCACCUUUGAUGGGAAGCAUUAUGACUUCGAUGGACACUGCUCCUAUGUGGCUGUCCAGGACUACUGUGGCCAGAACUCUACCGGUUCCUUCAGCAUUAUCACUGAGAAUGUCCCCUGCGGUACCACAGGUGUUACCUGCUCCAAGGCCAUAAAGAUCUUUAUUGGGGGGACAGAGCUGAAGUUGGUGGAUAAACACCGCGUGGUAAAACAGUUGGAAGAGGGCCACCAUGUGCCCUAUAUCACACGGGAAGUGGGCCAGUACCUAGUGGUGGAGGCCAGCUCUGGCAUCAUUGUUAUCUGGGACAAGAAAACCACCAUCUUCAUCAAGCUGGACCCCUCUUACAAGGGCACUGUAUGUGGUCUGUGUGGGAACUUUGAUGACCAGACCAAAAAUGACUUCACCACUCGGGACCACAUGGUGGUGACCAGCGAGCUGGACUUUGGGAAUAGCUGGAAGGAAGCUUCCACUUGCCCAGAUGUGAGCCACAACCCAGACCCCUGCAGUUUGAACCCACAUCGCCGCUCCUGGGCAGAGAAGCAGUGCAGCAUUAUCAAGAGUCGUGUGUUCAAAGUGUGCCACAGCAAGGUGGACCCCACAGUCUUCUAUGAGGCCUGUGUACAUGACUCCUGCUCCUGUGACACUGGUGGUGACUGUGACUGUUUCUGCUCUGCCGUGGCCUCCUAUGCUCAAGAGUGCACCAAGGCAGAGGCCUGUGUGUUCUGGAGGACGCCGGAUCUAUGCCGUUGCUACCCUCGGUGCCCUGAGGACAGGCCCAUCUAUGAUGAGGACCGGAAGAUGUGUGUCACUGGGGACAUGUGUGGCUGCUAUAUUGAGGACACUCGCUACCCACCUGGAGGAUCUGUUCCCACUGAUGAGAUCUGCAUGUCUUGUACAUGCACCAACACGUCAGAAAUCAUCUGCCAUCCAGAUGAAGGGAAGAUUCUUAACAUGACCCAGGAUGGUAUCUUCUGCUACUUGGAGACCUGCGGACCCAAUGGAACAGUGGUGCAACACUUCAAUAUUUGUGGCUCCUCAACGCCAAUCCCAUCCACCACGACAAGCUUCACCACAAUCUCUACUCCCAUCUCUACCACCCCCAUCUCCACCACCACUACCACUACCACCACAGCCACCGCCACAACCACCGCCACAGUCACGACAACCACGAAGCCAGUAGUUUGCUGCUUUUGGUCUGACUGGAUCAACAACAAUCAUCCUACCAAGGAAAAUGGUGGUGAUCAAGAGACUUUUACACAUGUCUGCAGUGCUCCUGAGGACAUUGAGUGCAGGGCAGCCACAGAGCCCAAACUCAGCUGGGAAGAGCUGGGCCAGAAGGUACAGUGGACCCCAACCCCAACACCUACCACCACACAUACCUCAACUUUAACAUCUACAACAGAGGCCAGUACCCCAACACCCAUCAUUGAGACUUCCACUCCCAAAUCUACCACUAUCCAGACCCCAAGCCCUUCCCCUACCACCACGGUGACUCCACCUACAACACCUACCACCACAGUGAUCAAAGAGACCCCUACCCCUACAAACACAGUACCUACUACAGGAUCAACCUCUUCUAAACCUCCAACUGAGUCCUCGACGCCUGUGACCUCUCAGUCCACUCCUUCCCCUCCCACGGAGUCUACCACCCUUUCAAGCACCCCUGUAACCACAGCAACAGCUAGCACAGCAUCAUCCCCUGGAACAACAUCACCAUUCGUCACUUCAUCAGUGGGCAGCACUCCCUCUUCACCUCCAGGUUCAACACCAGGACCUACCACAUCUUCAGGCAUACCCACCUCCUCAAAGACCACAACAGGGCCAACUUCACCUACCACAAGACCACCCUCCACACCCACACCUACUGUGCCUACGGAAACUACCACUCAGACAAGACCCUCAUCAACCACACCAACUACUUUGGAGACUACCAGGACCUCGUCUUGGGGAACAUUCUCUUCAGCCUCCCCAAUCACCUCUCCCAGCACUGUCUGGACCCCCACUGCAACCUUGGUUACCUGCUGUGUUGUUGAUGAGAUGUUCUACGGCCCAGGUGAAGUGGUCUACAACGGUACCCAUGGGGACACCUGUUACUAUGUAAACUGCUCUCUGGACUGCAAACUCCAGUUCUUCAAUUGGUCCUGUCCAUCUACUCCCUCAACCCCUACACCCUCAACACCAACACCAACACCCUCCCAGACGACCACACCCUCCACACCAUCUACCACAUCUUCAAAGUCUACACCUUCUACACCCCAAUCCACAUCGUCCAAGUCGACACUCAGCACACCAACCAAAACCACCACCUAUGGGUGCCCGGAUUUUGAUCCUCCCAGACAGGUGAAUGAGACCUGGUGGCUAUGUAACUGUACCAUGGCUAUUUGCAAUCAUGACAACGUAGUGGAGAUUGUGCCGCUGAAGUGCGAUCCCCCUCCCAUGCCCACCUGUUCCAAUGGCCUCAAACCCGUGCGUGUUCCUGAUGCUGAUAACUGCUGCUGGCACUGGGAAUGUGACUGCUACUGCACUGGCUGGGGGGACCCACACUUUGUCACCUUCGAUGGGCUCUACUACAGUUACCAGGGUAACUGUACCUACGUGCUGGUGGAGGAGAUUACCCCCACAGUGGACAACUUUGGGGUCUACAUUGACAACUACCACUGUGAUGCCAACGACAAAGUGUCCUGCCCCCGCACACUUAUUGUGCGCCAUGAGACCCAGGAAGUGCAGAUCAAGACCGUGAGCAUGAUGCCCAUUGAGGUGCAGGUACAGGUGAACAAGCAGUUAGUGGCUUUGCCCUACAAGAAGUAUGGGCUGGAGGUAUACCAGUCUGGCAUCAACAUUGUGGUGAACAUCUCCAGGCUGGAAGCCAAGAUCUCCUACAAUGGCCUCUCUUUCUCCAUCCGGCUGCCCUACAAACUGUUUGGCAACAACACGAAGGGCCAGUGUGGCACCUGCACCAACAAUACUGCAGAUGACUGUAUCCUGCCCAGUGGGAAGAUCAUCUCUGACUGUGAAAUUGCUGCCGACGAGUGGUUGGUGAAUGACCCCUCCAAGCCACACUGUCCCCACAAAGGCCUCACCACCAAGCGUCCGUCCACCACGACACCAGGGCUUCCACUUAAUAACUGCACUGUGUCUCCUGUCUGCCACCUCAUCAUGGACAGCCUAUUCUCCCAGUGCCACGCCUUCGUGCCUCCCAAGCACUACUAUGACGCUUGCCUGUUUGAUAGCUGCUAUGUGCCUGGCUCUAAUCUGGAGUGUGCCAGUGUACAGGCCUAUGCCACCCUCUGUGCCAAGGAAGGUGUCUGCAUUGACUGGCGGAACCACACCCAAGGAGUCUGCUCUGUGAAGUGUCCAUCUCACAAGCAGUAUCAGGCCUGUGGCCCUGAAGAAGAACCCACCUGCCAGCCCAGCUCCUCUCAGAACUCCACACUCUUGGUGGAAGGCUGCUUCUGUCCUGAAGGCACCACAAAGUUUGCCCCUGGCUAUGACGUCUGUGUGAAGACAUGUGGAUGUGUGGGACCUGACAAUGUGCCCAGAGAGUUUGGAGAGCACUUUGAGUUUGACUGCAAGGACUGUGUUUGCCGGGAGGGUGGAAGUGGCAUUGUGUGCCAACCAAAGAAAUGUCCUGGGGGCAACCUGACCACAUGUGAGGAAGAUGGCACCUACCUUGUUGUGGAGACCAACCCAGAUGACAAGUGCUGCAACAUCACCUCAUGUAAGUGUGACACCAAACGAUGCAAAGCUGAACGCCCCACGUGUUUGUUGGGAUUCGAAGUGAAGACUGAGAUUGUGCCCGGGAAAUGCUGUCCAGUUUAUUCCUGUGUGCCCAAGGGUGUGUGCGUGCACCAGAAUGCUGAAUACCAGCCCGGAUCUCCAGUGUAUUCCAACAAGUGCCAGGACUGUGUAUGUACCAACAUCUUGGACAAUAGCACCCAGCUCAACGUCAUCUCCUGUACCCAUGUGCCCUGCAACAUCUCCUGCAGCUCUGGCUUUGAGCUUGUGGACGUCCCUGGGGAAUGUUGCAAGAAGUGCCAGCAGACCCAUUGCAUCAUCGAGGGGCCCAAGCAGCAGCACAUCAUUCUGAAGCCUGGGGAGAUACACAAAAACCCCAGCGACAAGUGCACCUUCUUCAGCUGCAUGAAAAUCAACAACCAGCUCAUCUCCUCAGUCUCCAACAUCACCUGCCCCGACUUCAACCCAAGUGAUUGUGUUCCAGGCUCCAUUACAUACAUGCCUAAUGGCUGCUGUAAGACAUGCAUCCCUCAAAACCAGACCAGAGUCCCUUGCUCUGCCAUCUCUGUCAUGAAGGAGCUUUCCUACAAUGGCUGCACCAAGAACAUCUCCAUGAACUACUGUUUUGGGUCCUGUGGGACUUUUGCCAUGUACUCUGCCCAGGCCCAGGGUCUGGAUCACAGGUGCUCUUGCUGCAAGGAGGAAAGGACCAGUGUCCGACAGGUUACCCUGGAAUGCCCAGAUGGCAGUGAGAUGAGCCAUACCUACACACACAUCGAGAGCUGUCUGUGCCAGGACACUGUCUGUGAGCUCCCACAGCAAGUCCGCGCCAGGCGUUCUAGCCCCCGUUUGCUAGGAAGGAAGUGAAUGGGUUGUACCGUGCACAUUUCUUCGCACCUUGAACCAUCCUUCUGACUCUCUGACCUUCUCCACUUCUGGCUUGACUUCUUCUCUGCACAUAUUUAUUUUCGGAGAUUCUGUUCCAUUCUUUGCUUUCUGAUAAUAAACUCAGGCAUUGCCACUA